UCCUCACUGAUAUCAAAUCUUGUCAUUUCUACCUCCAUAAAUACCUGUUAUAUAGUGUUGCACUACUUAACACUCUGAGAAUUUCCCAAAAUUGCAGAUAUAAUGAAGAUUAAAUUUAAGGAUAUUAGUAUCCUCAUCUCUAAUCUGGAGACAGUUCUGUCACAAGUAUCUUCUAAAUAAAUGCUGAUCUUUCUGUGUUUAAAAUGAAGCUAUGAAAAUUAGUUUGCUUAUGUCUCGAUGGUACACAUUUAACUGAACUCUAGUCGAUUGUUAUAUUUAGACAUUAAAGUACAAAAUGCCAAUAAAUGAAAAUACUGCUCUGGUAAACUGUAACAGAAUACAUGCAGGAAGUAAACAAAGUACUUUUUCAGGUGAGUUGGUUGUUUUCAAUAGAGUUUUAAAAUUUCUAGCCCGUAAUGCCAAGUUUUGUUGCCAUUAUAGCUGUGGUGUGGGUGGAAAAGCCAAACCAGAAAUGAGCAGAUCUAACUGUAGGCUACUUUGCAUGCUGUCAAUUGACUAUAAAUUGUAGCACUCAUUGACUCAGCGGAACAAACUACAUAAUUCAGGUAAGAGACAUGUGUGUUGCUGUAUCUAGCAACAGAUCUUCACUGAAUGAUAAGCAAUGUUUUUGUAAAUCACUUCUAGCAGGUAUUCAGUAACAGUGCUUCCGUAGAUUUUUAAUGAAUCCUGUUUAAUAUGAUCUCCUAUUAAAUAAGGUAUAAGGAAAAAUGAACAUUAACUUAUUUUUUUAAUGUCAUUCAGAUAUUUCCAGGUAUUAUUCAUCAGUCUUAAAAUAGCACGUCUUGUUUCCUUGGAUUUUGCUUUCGUCUGAAGAUUGGUUAAAUGCAGAACCUGAUGGAUGGCAAAAGCUACUCUAACCUCAUGGACAAGUUGUCCAUCUGUACUGAGACUCAGCGCAUACAGCUGGCUAGGCCUUUCUGUGCCGACCCAGUGGUUGCGUUUCAUGUGUACCCAGAAACACCAAAGCAGAUCACUUGCUCUGAAGAUUUGUCAUUUCUUCCUUUCAUGUCUGAGCAUCUCUUCACAGAAAACUUCUACAGUGAACCCUGCACCUUUCCCUACCAAGUGCCCGAUUCCAGUUAUCGCAGAAGUGAGUACUCCUAUGGGCCGGCUUUCAUCAGAAAGAGGAAUGAGAGGGAAAGACAGAGGGUUAAAUGUGUCAAUGAAGGCUAUGCUAAACUGAGGCAUCACCUACCUAAGGAAUACUUGGAGAAACGGCUCAGCAAAGUAGAGACACUCCGUGCUGCAAUAAAAUACAUUAGCUACCUCCAAUCUGUUCUGCACAGUGAUUCUGUGGUGACAGAAAAAAAUGUCAUGGAGCCAAGCCAAGCACCUAAAGCAAUUAACAAACAAAGCCAGUUCUUGAAGACGAUCUAAACUGCUCCAACGAAUCAAAAGGUGUCCUGUCUGGGAACCCAGUAGCCACUGUAUUAUUAAUGUGUGCACGUUCCUACCAUAUCUUAGGAGCAGAUCAUAGCAUAUUUUGGUAUUAGCCUGCAGAAAAGAGCUCUAGUUUUACAGAUAGUAACUACAUUUAGAUACGAAAAAGACAACUGGGGAAACCUCACAGAAGCGUGUAAGUUAAUUCACAGAAAUCGGAAAAGAUUUAAAAAAUUGUCACCAAACUAAAAUGUAAUACCUAUACAUUUGCAGUAACUAUGUAUCAUCACAAUCUGCAUGCUUUAAAAUAAAGU